UUUCGAGCACGUAACCACGCCUUCCGACGAGCUCGUAGAAGCUUCGGUCGCAUUGUUUGCGCAGUUGAUGAGCACAGAUGCCGCCAUGGUCAGUCUUUGUGGAGGAGAUGCGGGCAAGGUUGGCGACAUGGGUCGGGCAAUGCUUGAAGCAGGCAUAUUUGCUGCAGGCGAAUAUUAUGUUGCAAAAGAUGAGAAUGGGAUUUGGCAGGCUAUACGAUGUGGAUGCCGCCAGGUCAAGAGCUGUUCAGCACUCCCGAGCAGCGCGAGCUGGGGCUCAACGAGUUCAUGAAAAAUCUCUCUAAGGAGGGAAAAGAGUACUAUAGUACUAUCUUAUUUGCGGAGUUUCCAGCGUUCGUGAACAGUUGUCUAGGUCCCACUGGCAAAAUUGGCUCGUGGUGGCUGCACAUGGCGAUGGUGCGGCCAGAAAGCCAGAGGCAAGGCGUCGCCACAUCAUUGAUUCAACUUGCCCGUGAGAAGGCCAAGCAGAAUGGUGAAACCCUGGCAUGCAGCACAACGACGCCGACAAAUGUUAUCGUGUAUCGAAAUAUUGGCUUCGAUCUUAAAGGGCAACGUAUCAUGCCAUCGCCGUGGGGUGACUGGCCUCUAUACGUAUUCUCUCUCGACACGAGCCGUGCUUCCUGAUGAUCACUUUACUACGGAGAAGCAAUGCACAACGAAACUCCGAGUGAGUUGAUAGUAACUCGUUUCGCCCUGUAUGGCAGCGCAUCAGUAAAAUGGGAGUCUCUUGAUAGAACCAUGAUUGUCUCGCCGAGUUUCAUACGAUGACUUUCUUUCUGUUAGUCAAAUGGAAGAUGCAGCCUGUCGGGGAGGAUUCUUAUCGCAAAGGAAGCUCAGUUCUGGUCCU